AUGAAUAAGCAAGUGUGUGAAAAGUUCAAGAAUUUAACGGCGAAUUUAGAAUAUGAUUCGAAUAAUGAAAGCUAUAAAUUUAAAGAUAAUACAGAUUUCAAAGUGUACUGUACUGACGAAAAUUGUGAUAAUGAUUUUGAUAAUAUUAGUGCUGGAUGUUUAUAUUUGUUUAAUGAAUUCUUUAAGAAUUCUUCUGUAUUUGAGUCUGUUGCAAAAAGUAACAUCAAUAUUGUUGAUUAUAUUAUCAUAUGGUUAAGUUAUAUGUUAAACUUUAACAGAAUGGGAGAACACGACAGUAUAGAGCCUUUUUAUAAAAUAUAUAUAAAUAAUGAUGAUACAGAUAAUAAGUAUAAUGAGAAAAUAAAUGAUGUUACUGCUUAUGAGAGUUAUAAGGAUCUUAUAGAUAAAAAACAAAAUUUGAUGAGCAUUUAUAUUAAAGAUAUGCCUAAAUUUUAUGAUGCAUUUAUAUUAUUAUGUGAAAUGUAUAGUGAACUUGAAACAAAUUCAAAUUGCGAUAAUUAUUUAGAAAAAGCUAAAAGGUUUGUUGAAAAAUAUGAUGAACUUAAUGAAGAUUAUAAUAAUGGUAAAGGUAGCCCCUAUAAUCAAUUAUUAUCUACAUUAUCAAAUGAUUAUUAUAAUUUAAAAAGUAUAUGUAAUGAUUUUCCAUCACUUCCAACAUAUUCACGAAAAUUAAUAAUAAAAAGGACACUAAUUCCAAUUUCAUUUAUAUUUGUUGUAGUAUCAAUUUUCUUGGGGAUUGCAUAUAAGUAUUCGUUACUUGGAUUUCGGAAACGAUCUCAAAAGCAAUGUUUAAGAGAAAAAAUAAAAAAUAUAAAGAAGAAAAUGACAAAUAAUAUAUGUUAA